GAAAUUCCACAAAGUGUAUGUGUGGCUAAAUCUUGCUGUUUUAUAAAGGUAAAGACACCGCGUCGAUAACAUGUCAUGUACUGGAAGGGAUCUGUUCCUGCUAUUUGUGAAACAAAGGCUUCUGGAAGACAACCCAGAGUUGAUCCAAAAUCUCACUGUAUUAAGUGAUCUGCGAGUCGAGGGGGGAAAUGCGGAAUUAGAUCCUGUGUUUAAAGGUAUUGAAGGCAUCUCAUCCGAGUUUAUGCACUCUAGGCAGAGACAACUAACGAAAGAUACAGCCAUGAAUCACAGCCUUGAUGUGAGAGAGGAGGAAUUUCAAUCUAUCGUGAAACAAGUAGUGGGUGCCUCAACACAAAAUCUGGCAGAACACAUCAUCGUAGUUUUCUUCUUCUUGUACGACUACGUGAUGAGAAUGUACUCCAAAGGUAUCGCUAAGAUGGACCAGGUGCUAGGCUGGUGCCAGACGGCAGUUGUGGAGGGGAUUGACCCUAAGGUCACCGAAAAUGGUGGAUGGGCACCACUUUUUUGCAAUGAAAACGAAAAGCAAAACUCACAGUCUUCAAAAAAUAUCUUCACCAAAGUAUUUUCUUUUUUUAGAGGGAAAAAUAAAAAAGUCGUUGUUGAGUCGACUAUUUACGUUGAACAUUGAACGAAAGUGUAAUCAUGUAUGUUGCAGCCGACGAAUAUAAUAAUGUAUGUUGCUACCCAUGAAUGUAAUCACGUAUGUAGCUACCCACGAAUGUAAUCAUGUAUGUAGCUACCCAUGAAUGUAAUCAUGUAUGGUGCUACCCACGAAUGUAUUCAUGUAUGUUGCUACCCAUGAAUGUAAUCAUGUAUGUUGCUACCCUCGAAUAUCAUCAUGUAUGUUGCUACCCACGAAUGUAAUCAUGUAUGUAGCUACCCACGAAUGUAAUC